CUCACACUCGCCGUGCAGAAGCCGAGCUGCGAACAUCAUCCGCUUUGAGCGCUUAGGCGCAGUGAUUACAUCCUCUCAGAGAGCGCGCGCGCGGCAGAGAGAGGAGAGAGAAAGAGAGAGAGAGAGAGAAAGUCCUGUUUUUCGCCAGUGUUCGGUUCGUUGAGAAGUUGCAUUUCUUUUUUAACCCGCCGGUGCGUAAAUAGGACUUUUUGCUGAUUUAUAGUUUUUUUCCCUUGUUCGCGUGGGAUGUCAUAUGCUGUUCCGUUCUGACUUUGUGUGAGGAACGGGCUGUCUGCUCUGUGCACGGGGAGUGCUGGCUUUGCUUCCUGGCUCCAGCCUGCAAUGUUUUGCGCUGACGCCAAAACUCUCACAGACCGGUGCAGAAUUGAUUAAAACAGAGAAGCUCGGAUCAAAUGGCUGUGCUUCUUACAGCUGAAACGACACAAUGUUCCACUGACCCGAGGCAGAGAAGAGGAAUUUCACAAACGGACAGCUUUAUUGCUGUUAAUAUUAUUUCUUUUUUACGGACGGAGAAAAUGGGAAAUGCGCAUUUCUUGUAAGAAAAAGGAAUAACCUUUUUUUAAAUCGUCUUGAAGUGCACUUUGUGAGAGGGAGUUGAGAUGUUUUGGUUAAUAUUCCUGCUCUUCAUCCUGGAUGGAGCGGUGUCCCAGCUACACUACUCCGUGCCAGAGGAGCAGGAACCUGGCUCUGUGGUUGGGAAUAUUGCGGAAGAUUUGGGCCUGGACAUUACCAAACUUUCCGCCCGCCGCUUUCAGACGGUGCCGAGUUCACGGACACCGUAUCUGGAGGUGAACUUAGAGAACGGCGCGCUUUUGGUGAAGGAGAAAAUCGACCGAGAAGAAAUCUGUAAGCAGACCACUCCGUGCCUACUGCACCUGGAGAUGUUUUUGGAGAACCCGCUGGAGCUCUUUCGCGUGGAGAUCGAAGUGAUGGAUAUCAACGACAACCCCCCCAGCUUUCCCGAGACGGACAUUUCCGUGGAGAUAUCGGAGAGCGCCAUUCCCGGGACCCGUUUCCCGGUGGAGAAUGCCGUGGACCCUGACGUGGGCACGAACGCGCUCAGCACCUACGCCAUAACAAACAAUAACUAUUUCUACCUUGACGUGCAGACGCAGAGUGACGGGAACAAGUUUGCGGAGCUGGUGCUGGAGAAGCCGCUGGACAGGGAGCAGCAGGCGGUGCACCGCUACGUGCUGACGGCUGUGGAUGGCGGCAUCCCGCAGCGGACUGGGACGGCUCUCCUGGUCGUUAAAGUUCUGGACUCUAAUGACAACGCGCCCACCUUUGACCAGUCUGUGUACUCCGUCAACCUGCGGGAAAACUCUCCGUUCAACACCCUGAUCAUUCAACUCAACGCCACGGAUGUCGACGAGGGACUGAACGGGGAGAUCGUGUAUUCGUUCAGCAGUCACAACGCCCCGCGGAUAAAGGACCUGUUCAACAUUGACGCCAGAACGGGCCGGAUAGAGGUGGCAGGUGAAGUGGACUUUGAGGAGAGCAACACGCAUCAGAUUUAUAUCCAGGCUAAGGAUUUGGGGGCCAACGCGGUCCCCGCUCACUGCAAAGUGCUGGUCAAACUCGUGGACGUGAACGACAACACACCCGAGAUCGGUUUCAGCACCGUGACGGAGUCUGUGAGCGAGCAGGACGCCCCGGGCACCGUGAUUGCACUUUUUAGCGUUUCGGACCGCGACUCCGGUGAGAAUGGACACGUGAGCUGCGAGAUACUGGGAGAUGUCCCGUUCAAGCUGAAAUCGUCUUUUAAAAACUACUACACCAUUGUGACAGACGGACCGCUGGACAGGGAGAACACCGAUUCCUACACGAUCACCGUCGUGGCAAAAGACAAGGGUCAGCCCUCGCUCGCCACCAGCAAGUCCAUUAAAGUGCACGUCUCGGAUGAGAAUGACAACGCGCCCCGUUUUACGCAGGUUGUUUAUGACGUGUAUGUGACUGAGAAUAAUGUGCCCGGGGCUUUCAUUCACGCCGUGAGUGCCCUGGACCCCGACGUGGGACAAAACGCUCUUAUUACUUACUCCAUAUUGGAGUGUGACAUACAGGGCAUGUCCGUAGACACGUACGUAUCCAUAAACCAGGACACCGGCUACCUUUACGCGCUGCGCUCUUUUGAUUACGAGCUGCUGAAGGAUUUUAGCUUUAUGGUCCAGGCAAAGGACUCCGGUGCCAUUGAGCUCUUCUCUAAUACCACUGUCAAUGUGAUCAUAGUCGACCAAAACGAUAACGCUCCCACUGUCAUAGCACCCAUCGGUAAAAACGGCACAGCCAAAGAGCACCUGCCGCGCUCUGCUGAGCCCGGCUACUUGGUGACGCGCAUUGUGGCCAUGGACGCGGACGACGGCGAAAACGCACGGCUGUCCUACAGCAUCCUGCGGGGUAACGAGAUGGGGAUGUUCCGCAUGGACUGGAGGACCGGAGAGCUAAGGACAGCGCGUAGGAUCUCACCCAAGCGGGACCCACAGGGCUUCUACGACCUGCUGAUCGAAGUGAGGGACCACGGCCAGCCCCCUCUCUCCUCCUCCGCGAGCGUGAGUGUAAUGUUAGUAGACAGCGUGGUCGAAGGCCGCAGUGGGGAUCGUGGCAGGGACCCAAAGGCAAAGGAGACCUCCCUAGACCUCACCCUGAUCCUCAUCAUCGCCCUGGGUUCCGUGUCUUUCAUCUUCCUCCUGGCUAUGAUCGUGCUGGCCGUGCGCUGCCAAAAGGACAAGAAGCUCAACCUGUACACGUGCCUGAUGGCCGGUGACUGCUGCUUGUGCUGCAGCUCGUGCUGCAGCAGGCAGGCCCGAGGCCGGAAACAGAAGAAGCUGAGUAAAUCUGACAUCAUGUUAGUUCAGAGUACCAACCUGACGUCAGGGGUCGGGCCCGUGGGGCAGGUGCCCGUGGAGGAGUCUGGUGUCGGUGUGGUGGGAGGGGGCUUUGGCUCCCACCACCACCAGAACCAGAACUCCUACUGCUACCAGGUUUGCCUGACUCCGGAGUCCGCCAAAACAGAUCUGAUGUUCCUCAAACCGUGCAGCCCCUCCCGCAGCACCGACACGGAGCACACCAACCCCUGCGGCGCCAUAGUCACGGGUUACAGUGACCAGCAACCGGACAUCAUAUCCAAUGGCAGUAUUCUCUCUAACGAGACAAAACACCAGCGAGCAGAACUCAGCUAUCUUGUGGACAGACCCAGACGUGUCAACAGUUCGGCGUUCCAAGAGGCGGACAUCGUCAGCUCCAAAGACAGUGGUCACGGUGACAGCGAACAAGGCGACAGUGACCACGAUGCCACCAACCGGGGUCAUUUGGCCGGCGCCGACCUGUUCUCCAACUGCACGGAGGAAUGCAAGGCCUUGGGCCACUCCGAUCGCUGCUGGAUGCCAUCCUUUGUGCCAUCCGACGGGCGCCAGGGACCGGACUACCGCAGCAACCUGCACGUCCCCGGCAUGGACGCCACCCUGCCCGACACUGAGGUACCUUCCUCCGUCAACCUCGCCGACCACCUGACCGUGACCUCAACCACCGCCUCGUCCAGCGAUAGAUCAUUCUCCACCUUUGGCAAGGAUGGUCAGAGGUCACAGUCACACAACAGCCUUCACCAUCACUUCCAUCAGCAACAGCAGCAGUACAGCUCCAGCACGCUAGAGAGGAAAGAGCAUGAUAGGGGGACCCUACCGUACAAACCUACCUUUCCCUCUCCGAAAGGUGAAACGCACAACCCACGCUUCUUCUUUUUCACGACGAUUGAAGUCCAUUUUGUUAUAAAAGGGAAGUGCCGAGUAUCUAUACUUGCUUGCUUGUGGAUCAAUACUUGACAUGACGAAGGGUGGGUGAGGUGGGCUGUCAAUGCUGAGGUCAAGAUUCUGCAGUUGGAAAAGUCACAAACACAAGUUUGUGUGCUGUAAAAGAAACUAGGGAACUGUUAUAACAUAAUUUGGUACCUGAAUUAUACUGAUAUCCAUUGGAAUACAAUUUUGAUUCCAACAUUUCUAAAGAAGCAGAAUGAUGUUCUAAGGAAAUUAUUGCAGGACGCUUUCCAAGCUCCCACAUGAAUAUUCUAUUAGCUCUAAGAGUAGAGAAUGGAUUCGAUAUAAGCAUUCAGUAGAGAAAUCAUUUCCAUUCCCCACCCUGUUAACCACCAUCCUCCAUGAUACUUCAUGCUGACUGUGGGCUGUCUUCAGGUAAACGAUGAGCACUAUAACCUUUUUUUUUUUUUUUUACCAAUUUAGCAAACAGAGCCAAGCAAUUUUUCCUCUCGCGCAUCAGGUCUGUUUGAAAAAUAAUUUGUAUUUAGCCUUUAGGUGCUAGAGCGCGUUCCAAAUAUAGCAGCCUGCGCAUCUGCUCAUCCCAUCUGCCUCAAAGGGUUAGAAUAAAUGCACUCCAUAUUCCUCUGUCCAAACUCACCACCAUAUUAUAUUUUAUUACUUUUUUGAUAUACAAUUUCAUCCAUUUUUCCUACUUGUUGAAAUAACUGCCAUAGAAAAGGUUUUGUUGUUCAUCACUCAAUGAAAAGAUGAGAAUGGUCCUAGAGGCUGAGACGUUAUUGACCAAUUGGCAUCGUGUUCUACUUAUAAAAAUAGCACUCUAUGCUACUACCGGCUACGGCAAUGCUCUGAUCAGCAGGGUUGCCUUGAUAAAGGCAUUAUGAAUAUUUGAUCCAUUCAUAGAUAAUUAAUGAAGCAAUUAUUGCUCUAUUUAUUUUCUAUCCAUGCAUUAUGCAACCAACACAUUUUUAACCUUUAUAUUCACUGAUGGACACGUUUUUUCCUAGAUUAGUUUUACCAUUAUACUGCAAGUACCAGCCUUUAAGAUCUUUAAAUAACUUUAUAUAUAACUUUAGUCCUUUGUGGCAUCUAUCCUUUAAAAGAUGGUAUUUCGAGCCGAUUGCUUCACUAAAGAGUCUCGAGGGAUGAGGUGCCAUUUGUCUCAUCGAGUGUGUUCUCUUGUCU